UGCAGGGCCGUCAAAUUGUAACGGACAGUCCCGAUCUAUCUGACUUCGGAGUCGUGGUGCCUCCCCGAGAGGAUGCCGGCGACAGUAGUGACCAAUUAAAGAGGAAAGGCACUAUGGACAGUUCCGAUAAACUAGUCACCAUUGCCGUAGUCACUGCUGACGAAAAAUCGCCCCUGUGGGACUCAAUGGACGAGAAUAAACGUACCGUCGAGGUCAACUUCAACGAUCUCGGACUGGUACUGAAUUUGCAGACCACUGUGCUAUUAAUAGAUUUCUUCACCGGCGGCGACACCUCUGCACCCAGUACUGGGCAAUUAGAGAGCACGACCAGCAAUGCAGGGACAAAGACCAGUUCUAAUAAAGCCGCAGAAGCUUCAGAUGGGGGUGCUGAGCUGUGGACUAUUCGUGUGAACGCUCUGGUGCUGACACUCAACUCCGCAGACAGGGCACUGUGUCGCCUAGACGUAGGCGGAGGCGAUCUUCAGAUCAAAAUGGGGGGUGUUUUCGAGGGGGGUAGGCAAAUCACCGCGAAGCUGGGUCCCGGUUUAUUGCAGGAUCUGACGGACGGAGGUUCUAUUUAUAGAAACGUCUUCAAAUCUGAGGGAAAAGAUAUCCUGCACCUGCGGUUCACCAAAGUUGGUACCAAUACACGCCCAUCCAUUCAGCUACAAGAUCCUUCACAUCCCGCCAAAAGCGAGGACAGUGUGUUGUGGGUGCGGUUGGGCUCUAUGCAGUUGCUGUAUACCAUGCGCUUCUUCAGCCAACUCAGUGCGUGGCUGCUAAACUUCAAUGAUCUACAGGGCGUGGUAUCCUUCAUGCGCACGGGAGAGGAACAAUUAGCCGACACCAAGUUCUACUACGACAUCGCCGCCCCAUCCCCUGCGAUUGUGGUGCCCCUCAAGUCCACCUCCAAUAUCGCUUAUGUGGCCUAUCCCGGUAAUAUCGCCAUCUCAAACCGGUACGAGAACAUGCCCGAAGUUCGGGGCACUACUGACCAGGAGGGAGAGAACGAACAGAUCAUGGUGUAUUUGUUGUGA